GAGUACAUUAAAAAUAUAGAACUACUCUGUGAAUUUCGGAGUUGUUUGGUAGAAGUAGAACCCAGAAAAGAUGAAUCAUCGAAACCAAAUCCUGUUCCUAGUUUUUACAAUCUUUGUUACUUCAUCUCUUUCAUUCUCAUCAUCAACAUCCGAUGAUAACCAGUUCUCAUCAGCAGCAGAUGGUAAAGUAUUAGAGCUUGUUGAUUCAAACUUCGAUUCAGCAAUUGCUUAUUUUGAUUUCCUCCUCGUUGAUUUUUAUGCUCCCUGGUGUGGUCACUGCAAGCGUCUCUCCCCUGAGUUAGAUGCAGCAGCUCCUGUGCUUGCAAAGUUGGAGAAACCCAUUGCCAUUGCGAAAGUCAAUGCUGACAAGUAUACCCGUCUAGCUACAAAAUAUGAAAUUGAUGGGUUUCCUACUAUGAUGAUCUUUAUGCACGGCGUCCCUGUAGAAUAUAAUGGUCCAAGGAAAGCAGAAUUGCUUGUUCGGUUCUUGAAAAAGUUUGUUGCUCCAGAUGUCACUCUUCUCGAGUCUGAUAGUGCCAUUAGUAACUUCAUUGAAGUGGCUGGCACAAACUUUCCUAUAUUUGUAGGCUUUGGGCUGAACGAGUCUGUGGUGUCAGAGUUGGCAAUCAAGUACAAAAGAAGGGCUUGGUUUUCUGUAGCCAAAGAUUUUUCUGAGGACGCUAUGAUUACUUACGAUUUCGACAAGGUUCCAGCUCUAGUUUCCAUGCAUCAAAAUUACAAUGAGCGAAGUGUUUUCUAUGGCCCCUUUGAAGGAGAUUUCCUGGAGGAUUAUAUCAAACAAAGUCUGCUGCCUUUGACUAUGCCCAUAAACUAUGAAACACUCAAAUUGUUGAAAGACGACGAGAGGAAAGUUGUUCUUACAAUAUUGGAGGAUGAGUCAAAUGAGAGAUCAGUUCAAUUGAUCAAGCUAUUGAGGGCUGCAGCAUCUGCAAACCGUGACUUAAUCUUUGGAUAUGUCGGGUAUAAGCAAUGGGAGGACUUUGCUGAUACAUUUGGCGUUAAUAAGAAGACCAAACUGCCAAAGAUGAUUGUUUGGGAUAGAGAUGAAGAAUACCUCACAGUUGUAGGUUCAGAAAAUCUGGAGGAAGAGGAUCAAGGGACUCAAAUAACACGAUUCCUCGAAGGAUACAGAGAAGGAAGAACAGAGAAGAAAUCAAUUAGUGGUCCAUCGAUUAUGGGCUUCCUAAAUUCAUUAGUCGGCAUUAAAUCCGUAUACCUUCUUGUAUUUAUUGUUGCGGUCAUCAUGCUUAUACAGACCAUAAACAAACAAGAUGACCAAGACGAGGUUCCUCAGAGAACACAAGCUCAUCCUACUGGAGAUCAAGGAAGCAGUUCUGCAUCCGAGAGUGAAAACAAGCCAGUUUAUCGACCUGAGGACAAGGAAGACUAAUUUAACUCACAACCUUUUAGUAGGAGACUCCUGAUCUGGUUCCCAUUUAAAGAAGGUAACGGCACUUGCCUGAACAAUAUUCUGUCAUGUACCUACAAGUUUACUUUUAACCUUGCAGUGUAAUUUGAAUUACUUUUACUUUGGGGGUAACUUAGGGACAGUCAGGGGUGGAAUUAGCACUAGGUUAGGGAUUGGCCCUUUAAAGACCAAUGAUUGAACCCAGGUGAAUAUCAAUCAAUGAAAAACUAUUUUGCUUUCAAUUGAAAGUUAGGCUCUGAA